GGAUUUCGUUCCGCGCCAGGAGCAGAGACCCGUGAUUGAGCUCUUCCCUGUCGAUUAGAAGGGGGUGCUGGGAGUGCUGUAAGCAGACAGGAAAAAGAAUCACGCUGAAGGCAACAGAAUUCCAGAGCUGGUAAAUACUGGUAAAGAAACUGAUGAUGAGGGAGAUUAAAUAAUGUGCUCAAGGACAUACAAGGGUACAUGGCAGAGCUGGGAUUUCCUUCAGCAGUCCAACUUUAUGUCCUAAGCCUUAAUCAUUAUGUUCCUGGAUAUCCAGUACUUCAUAACACAGACCUAACCCUGGUAGGAAAAGGAUAAGCUCUCAAGGAAGACAAGACCUGGGCCAAGGAAAGACUGAGGGGAGAUGGCAACACACAGAGAAACCAUAGCUGCAGAAUUACGAGCACUCGAAGAUUUAUGAGUUUGUGUGACAUUUACCUGGAUCUACCCUUCUGUCAAAGCGGCCAUAAUGAUCUGGUUUCACAAAGGUUACCAUACCUUGGAUGAUCUUCUUGACCAUAUCUUGGUCUUUGUUUUGAUGCUUCCAUAACUUCAGCAGCUGGAAAGUCUGUUCUCGUGAGCUGUGUCGUCGUUUUAUCCUCUCUAUGCUCUCUGCAUUCACUUUGGUGCCAGGCAAAUUGUCUACCAGGACACUGAGCCAGUUCGGGAACUCAGGAAAUCUCACAGAAACCCAUUGACCUGGAAAAAGUGUGCCAAGCUAGGGAAACAGCACUCCCUUUUGAAAGAGGAACAACAAAGGAGAUGAGGGUGAAAAAGGAGAUCCAGGAGAGGAGGGAAAGCAUGGCAAAGUGGGACGCAUGGGGCCGAAAGGAAUUAAAGGAGAACUGGGUGAUGUAGGAGACCAAGGCAAUAUUGGCAAGACCGGGCCCAUUGGCAAGAAGGGUGACAAAGGGGAAAAGGGUUUGCCUGGGAUACCUGGAGGAAAAGGCAAAGCAGGGACUGUCUGUGAUUGCGGAAGAUACCGAAAAGUUGUUGGACAACUGGAUAUCAGUGUGGCUCGCCUCAAGACAUCGAUGAAGUUUGUCAAGAAUGUCAUAGCAGGGAUUCGGGAAACCGAAGAGAAAUUCUACUACAUCGUUCAGGAGGAAAAGAACUACCGGGAAUCCCUGACCCACUGCCGGAUCCGGGGUGGAAUGCUAGCCAUGCCGAAGGACGAAGCUGCCAACACGCUCCUGGCCGACUACGUCUCCAAGAGUGGCUUCUUCCGGGUGUUCAUCGGGGUGAAUGACCUCGAGAGAGAGGGCCAGUAUGUGUUCACCGACAACACUCCACUGCAGAACUACAGCAACUGGAAGGAGGGUGAGCCCAGCGACCCCUACGGCCAUGAGGACUGCGUGGAAAUGCUGAGUUCAGGCAGGUGGAAUGACACAGAGUGCCAUCUUACCAUGUACUUUGUCUGUGAGUUUGUCAAGAAGAAAAAGUAACUUCCCUCUUGCUGCACAGUUGUCAUUUCCCUGUGACUACCAUGACAGUUUUUUUUAUCCACCUUUUUCUGGCUAAUUACACUAAAUUCAUUCUGACUCAAGGCAAGUGAGAAAUGCUAGACUGAGGUUUGGAAUCUCCAUCGCCAUGCUCGUCCAUGACGAUUUUGAAGAUUUUCAUACAUGGUAUGUUAUUGAGCCAUAAGCUCACCAGGUUAUGGGUCCCAAGAGAGAGUUUGAAUUACUAGCUGUGCAGGAGGUGGUUGUCUGUGUCUCAAAUGAAAGUCUCUCUUGGCAUUUGCUCUCCCACCUCUCCCUAGAGCCGUAAACCACUGUCUGUCUAGCCCAGUGGAUAAUUGGAUAGUUGGCUGGGGAUGAUUAGGCUCCAAGCCAGACAUAUGAGAGGCUCUUCUCUUAGGAAUGUCAAGGUAUUAUCUGUCUUUGAACCCAAAAUCCCCAAUUCUUUGACCCAAUCCACCAUGGCCAUAGCCACACAUGCAAGGUCCUCUUCUUUGCAUAGACUCAGAAAUACUUCAACUCUAAGCCUCUAUAUGAGGAACUUCUAGCCUAGUGCCCUGUUCCAGACCAUAUGGAAUCAUACAGAUAACUUUUGUUCUUCUGAUUGACAGCCUUCACUGAAGUAUACCAAGCCUUGGCCCCCUUUCUGUAGGCCCACAGGUUAAUUCCAGGCCUCCAGAUAGUAACCCUCUGAUCUGAGGAAAAGGGAACUCUAGAAAUUGAAAAGAAAAAAAGAAAAGGUUAGCUCCCACACAAUAUUAUUUAUAAUCCUCCUGUUAAAUUGCCCCCCUUCUAUUAAUAUGGCUCCAUUUUUCCUCAUCUUAAGUUUAUCCAUAGCAACUUUUCUCCCCUUGGGCAUGGAGAAUGAAGGAAAGGGUUUGUGAAGCCUUCAGAAAACUCUAGAAGCUUCAGGGUGCUACCAACACCAAGUCUCUAAGACCCUUCUCUGCCUCUAAUAUAUCAUGCACGGUGACAUUUUGUGGGAGGCCCUUUAUUCUCUGUAACUGUAUGUUGUAAAAAUCUCACAUCAGUGAUGCUUUCAAGUACUAUGACAUCGCAAGAAUGUGGCAAGUGUGGAGUUUGGAACAUGCCUGAGACUCACAUUUACUAAACUGGUAAAAUUCUACUUUGAACUGCAGAUCAAACCUCAAAGCAGCUCUAAAUUGAAAUUUAAAAAUAAAAUUUCAACAAAACCCUAGAUUAUCCCCUUAUAAACUGCUGCUCCAGUUACAGUUUGUGACAUAUAAUUAAACGUUUAAAAUGCUGGCAAAACAGUUAAUGAAGUAAGAGAAACAGAUCAACAACAUAUGUUCACCUUAAACCACCUGUCUGUGAUUUCAACCAUGACUAACCGGUUAUGAGAUAGGACUUAAUUAGGUUAUUUCUGUGAGUUUAUCGAGGGUCACAAACUCAGGUUCUACAGAGGCCAUACAGAUGACAUAAAUAAAUGAAGUGGAGCAGGUGGGGAUCCUGGGACACUGAACACAGCUUGCCCUCCCAAAGGAACCAGCUGCUUCUCAGUCACUGCUGUUUUUGCCAUGGAGGACCCAAUGUUGCUACAUGUUCUGAUAUUUAAGAGAAGUCAGAAAGCUGGAACUUUAUAAGAUACCUUUAUAUUUUUAAAUGUUGGCAACUAAUCAAUCCUUACUCCACAUUCUAAGUCAUACAAAACAGUCUGCUAGCCAAAAUUGUGACCUUUCCACUUCUCACCUCUGGGGAAAAGUUCUGAAGGUUCUAACUGUGUAGGAUGUCAUUAGGGCACAGUGACAUCAAAGUCAAGAUCUCCCAUUUAUGCCUCAUUCAAUUCAGCUCAUAACAGGACUUCAGUCAAUGUUUGUCAUUCCUCAGGUUAAUAGAUUAGUUACUAAUUCAGACUUUUGAGAAUGUGGCAUAUUUUGAACGCAGGGCAGUUAAAUCAAAAUGACAAAGCAGGACACCAUAUCAAAUCCAGUAUCCUGGGGUAGAAUGCCAGCCAAGAGCUUGAGGAACAAGAAUCUAGAAGCACUUAGAGGAAAAGAAAGGGAUUAGAAAAGAGGAGAGAGGGAACAGACAGUAAACAUUGCCUAUGGGCAGCUCACACCGGGAUCCAUAUUCUGAUUUGUUCUAAGCCCCCCAAGUAUGAAUAUUAAUUGUGUGUACUGUCCAUGCUAUUCUAAUUUCUAUUAUGAUUAUUAUAAUAAUAACAACAUUUCUCUCAAUGACUCAUCCUUGCUGCCAGUGCUUCCAAGAGAAGAUGACAGAGUUUCAAAGAUAGGAUUCAUCCUGAGACCUGGCCUGGGAGAAAUUUUGAAGGCACCACACACUUAAUUAGAUUUGCUAUAAAACUUACUUUGUGCUUUACAGAAUAAAUACCUUCACAUAACAUUUUCCAUGUGAUCCUGGUAAACUCUGUGAAGUAUGAAGGGCAGACGUUUUUACUACCAUCUUUCCAAUGAGAAUACUGAGGUCCAAGGAAGCUAAGCAGUUUACCAAAAUCAACUCAUUUGAAAGAAAAGCAGGAUUUCACUCUGCUGAUUGAAACUGUCGAUCCAGUGUUCUCUCCAGCCUAUGUUUUUUGCUCUUAUAUUGAAUGGAAUUUCAUCCACGAUUCUCUUGUGAUAACAGAGGCUCAAAUAAUCUCUCUUGAUUACUAUCCAAAGUUAAAGAUUAGGGUUAAUUAAUAGAAAUGCUGGGGAUUCAGAAACUUGCCUUACAAAUAUGGUACUCACUGAUUUCUUUUUAAAUUCAGGAAUGUCUACACAUGUCAUUAAUGUUGAGGAGGUGAUUUAGUACAGUGUCACUACAGUUUUGCAAAUAACUACAGAUUUAGGGAAAGCAAGGCAGAUAUAUUAAAAUUAAGAUUUGCCAAAAAUAAAAAUGAGCAAGUAAUUUUUUGCCCCAUAAGAGAAUAAAGUAGAUAAUUCCCUUAAAUAAUUAGCAUUUAAAAUCAAUUUCAUUCUCAAAAGUUCAAUGUAUAUUCAACUUUUCAGGAACAUAUCUGGGCACUUCCCAAGGAUGACAUAAAGGCUCCAGGGGAAGAAAAUUAAAAAUUUAUUCACAAUUGCACAGUGCUGCCUUUUCAAAGCAACACUCUCUAUAGCCAGACAAGAAGAAAUAUCUUAUGUCCAGAGUCAUUGCCCAAACACUGUAGAAAGGUAUACAUCCUGUGUUGAGAGAAAUAUAACAAACAUUGAUUACACUUUGGACAACUCACCCAUAAAAACUACUGGCAUUAAAGAAAAUGUAUUUUUUCCUGCUUAGAUGUAUGAGCUUCUUUGAUUGUUGUUAACCAAUUAAUUUUCAGCUCUCUGGAUUGCGUACCUGGAGACCAUAAGACGUCUGUGGAAUAGGAAAGGUUAACUAAAUAGCAGCACCCACUGCAUCUGCCACAGAUAAGGUAUACAUAAAUUUUUUUUGAAUAUAGGACUUUCUUUUACUGCACUCCUAACAGGUGGUCACACGGUCCAUAUUUGAAGGUUUUGGGUAAUUUUCUAACCCCAUUAGAAAGUUUUUCCUUACAGUGAAAUAAAAUACGCUGUCUCUAAUUUCCAUCUAUGU